AUGGGAUUGGAAUUAGCCGGAGCUGAGCUAGGAGGUAACUUUGUUUAUAAGGAUGACGUAUACUUAACUGAUUCGCAGUUGACCAAUCUUGUCAAAAAUGCUCUUACCUCUGCUCUUCAGGGUGAUUCUGCUCAUUAUAAACAACUUGUUGCGCUGAUGCAUCAUAGUAAAGACACCUUAAGUAAGGUGGAAGUGGCUGCCCUUGUGACAUGUUUGGAGACUUUAAGUGCUGCAGUUUCUUGUAUUGAUAUUGUUCACCAUCGGUCUCUUCUUGAUGCUAUAUUCUCGAUCAGCUUUUGGAAGUGCAACCCCUUAGUAUUGGAUGCUUUAGUGGAGCUUGUUAUAUCUUUGGCUGCAUCUAGUGCAAAAUUUGUUGAUUUGUGUUUGGAUAUGCUGGUUAGUAAUUUUGUGCCACCUGGCUAUCUCUUAGAGUCUUUGAAGCAACCACGUGGUGUCGCAAGGAAGGAUCAAGUACUUGGUCGUGUUCAUUCAACAUUGAAAGCUAUAUCUGAUUUAGUUCCUCUUACUCCUAUGAGGCUGGAAAAAAUAGUGAGGGAUAAAAUGCCAACCAUAUAUGUAAAGGAACCCCAACUAAUUGUCACGUAUGUGGAGAACAUGCUAAAAUUGGAGAGUGGUACAAUGGGUGAAAUUGUUGGGAGUUCAAUGCUUUCGGCGGUGGUGUAUAGGCUGAUUGAGUUGGAUGUGGAGAUACAUUGGGAUGAUAUACUACAAGAUGAUUUUACCAAAGGCAUUUUCGAUAUGGAGCUGGAAGAUUUUGAAGGCCCUCAAGAUGACUUUGAACAUGAUGGUGAUGAGCUUCAUAGGGAGAAUUGGAUAGAGAAGUUUUUCGGUGGGAAUGCAAUAGCUGAGAAGUUAGACAGCUUGAUGGUUGUCACAUUUGAACACCUUAAACUUUCAAAUGAUAAUGGCCGUCUCCAUAUGGUUUUUGAGAUCCUCCUCCAGACAUUUAAGAAAACAGUUUUGACCACUCAUAAAUCCAAGUUUGCGCAGUUUGUGAUGUUCUACGCGUGCUCUUUGGAUCCUGAAAACUGUGGACAACUAUUUGCAGUCACUCUUUUAAAUACAUUUUUGAGCAACAAUCCGACGCACGAGAGAAUAUGUGCCGUUGCCUAUCUUGCCAGUUACUUAUCUCGCGCGAUGUUUGUCUCUGAACCUUUGGUGGUUUAUAUGUUGGAAAGAGUGGUGAAUUGGUGCUCUGAUUACUGCAAGAAUCAAGAUGGAGAUAGCAACUCUAGCGCCAAUGUGUUUUAUGCUGGCCUCAAAAAAGAAAAUGACGUGUUUUAUGCUGGUUGUCAGGCAUUUAUGUAUGUGCUUUGCUUCCGUAUGAGAUCUAUUGUUUCAGUCCCCCGUCUCAGAUCACAACUAGUUUCAAUGCGGAUAGAUGAAAUUUUGAAGCAUCCAUUGAACCCAUUGAAGGAAUGCCUGCCAUCAAUAGUUGAAGAAUUUCUACGUGUGGCUAGUUCCUCUCACGUAUUUGCUGUGCCCGAGAAUUUGGUCCCCAAUGGGAUUUUAGAAUCCGAACUUCCUAGGGCUUCUGGUGGAUCAGAAAGGCUGGACAUGUUUUUCCCCUUCGAUCCCUGUUUGCUUAAGAAGUCUGAUAGAUACAUCAGGCCGAACUUUGUAUACUGGUCGAUGGUCAGACAUCCUUAUGACAGACAAGAUGACGAUGACGACGAAGAUAGCAGUGACGAAGAUGCUGCUAAUGUUACGGUCCGUGGUAAUAGGAUGAUGUUAGAUGAUGAUGAUAAUCGGAGUUUUGAUGAUGAAGAUUUUGAUGUUGAUGAUGAUUUUGACUACUCUUUGAACAAAAUGUCCAUAACUCCAAAACCUACUAUUUGCUAUCGUGCACAAAUGCCCUCAAGAAUCAGACCCUCCACUAGUCCGGAAUCUCUAUAG